AUGAAGUUCCUACCACUCCGCGAGUUGGAUGUUAUCAAUCGCGCCCUCGUCUUCGACACACCAGACUGUCGAGUCGUUGGCGGCUGUGACAUUUACACCACCAAGGCCGCCGGCGCUGAUAAGAAAUUAUACAAAAAUAUUUCCAACACUAUCACCAACCGCUAUGAAGCCGACCUGAGACUAUCGGAGUCUCUAUCGCCCCCAAAAUCAAGUGCGACCUCAGCGGCAACCCUCGGUGGUAAGAAUCAGUCGAAAGCAGUUUAUCAAACCCUCCAUUCGCCGUUUGGACCUCUCGACCAGAUCUCUGCUCGGCGCACUUUUGCUUAUCUUAUCGCAACCCUGAACGCUUCCCACUCAGACUACGACUUCUCAACAGUUCUAAAACCCUCCGACUUUAGGCGCGAGAGACAUCUAAGACCAGUUAUGAACAACUUCAAUACCACGCUCUUUAAUCUUGGCGUGAAUCCCUCUAAAGCCUUACCUAAAAUGUGGGACACUAUCGAUAAGGAGAUGGACCUUCUCAGUUGCAACAUAUACACCUACUCGCCUGACGAUGUCUCGGACGACCCGUAUGGCGAGGAGGGUCUCAUAUGCUCGUUAUCGCACUCGCCGAUGGAGAUCAACAGGGUGGGCGGAUGGAGGGCAGAUAUGGGCGGUGUAAGUUCCGGACAAGAAGGGUGGGACGAUAGUGACGACGAUGUGUUUGACGAUGAAUUUCAAGAGAGUUCAAGUGUCUGGGGAGGAGAUGAAUAUGACGACGACGGGUUCUUGGAAACAAUGGAAGUCUAA